AUGGCAGACAAGGAGAGCCCUGCCAUUUUGGCUGAGUCUGAAUUGGUCGAUACCUCGGCCAACCAAAACGAAUCUAACCAUGGGGCCUUCGCCAAGCUUCGUAGCUGGUAUACUGCGCCUCUCUUCCAGCUCAUUUUGGUUGCUCUCGUCUGUUUCUUGUGCCCGGGCAUGUUUAAUGCCCUGAGCGGCAUGGGAGGCGGUGGAUUGACAGAUGCGACCCUCGUUGAUAAAAUGAACACCGCGCUGUACGUGACCUCGGCUUUCACCAGUUUCUUUUCGGGUACGAUCGUGAAUCGGCUUGGUGUGCGGAUCACACUCGCCUGUGGAGGUAUCGGCUACUGCAUCUAUGUCGCUAGCUUGCUCACUUCGUUGCACAAACAUGUUCCGGGCUUUAAUAUCUUUGCUGGUUUCUUGCUGGGUGUGUGUUCCAGCUUGUUGUGGACGGCUCAAGGUACAAUCAUGGUGUCUUAUCCGUUGGAACGGCAAAAGGGACGCUUUUUCACUUUGUUCUGGUCCAUCUUCAACGUUGGAUCAUGCGUGGGCAGUCUGAUCGUUCUUGCCAACAGUAUCCAAGAGAAGACCAAUGUCAAUGUGCCAGACAGCACCUACAUCGUUUUUGUCGCCCUGACGUUCAUGGGCGCUAUGAUUGGACUCUUCAUCUGUGAUGUCAAAAAGGUCGUUCGAUCGGACGGAUCCAAAGUCAUUUUGAUGAAGAAUCCCAGUUGGAAAUCCGAAUUCAUCGGCCUCUGGACGACUCUUCGCAGCGAACCGGCGGUUUUGUUGCUUUUCCCGAUGUUCUGGUCGUCCAACUGGUUCAUUUCUUAUCAGACCAACUCCAUUAAUGGCGCUUACUUCAACACUCGCACCAAGGCCUUGAACACCUUCCUCUAUUACAUUGCUCACAUCCUCGGCGCUUGCUUCCUCAGCGUGAUGGACUGGGAGUACUUUCGCCGCAGCGUCCGUGCUAGGGUGAUGCUCGUCAUUCUCUUCAGCCUGACGAUGAUCAUCCAUGGUGGUGGAUAUGCGUUCCAGAAAACCUACACUCGCCCACCCGGUGGCGCCAAGCCGAACAUCAACACGGACUGGACUGAUCCGGGAUACGGGGGGCCGAUGUUCCUAUACUUCUGCUAUGGUUUCUAUGACGUCGUCUGGCAAGGCGCGGUAUAUUGGUAUAUCGGAACGUUGAGUAAUUCUGGCCGUAAGAGCGCCAACUACGUCGGCUUCUACAAAGGUAUCCAGUCUGCUGGCGCUGGAGUCAUGUGGGCAUGGGACUCAACAAAGCCGGCGUACAUGGCCGAAUUCACCAGUAACUGGGCACUACUGGCCACUUCGACGAUCUGCGCUGCUCCCAUGAUCUGGCUGAAGAUCAAGGACCAUGUUGCUCCCGAGGAGGAUCUAGAGGGCACGGACGAAAAGCUUGAGGAUGUGGUACCAAAGGAGGCACGCGACGUAUCACACAUGUCUUAA